AUGCAUCUUGGAUUGAUCUUUUACAUAGAUGCUGACUGCUUGAUAAUGUAAAAUCCCGAAAAUAUUUUCUUGAGAGAUACUAAAUUUGCAGCAGCACCUGAUGUUUUUCCGCCUGAUAAAUUCAAUGCUGGUGAACCAAGCAUGAAAAUAUUCACUGAUCUAAUUAGUAAAAUUUAAAUACUUUCAACUUAUGAUGGAGGAGACACUGGCUUCCUUAAUGCUUAUUUUCCAAAUUGGUUUGAAAGUGAUUCUGAGAGUAGAUUACCCUAUGGUUACAAUGCAUAAAGGACAUUAUAUUGGUUUACAAUCAAGAGAACUGAUGGUUAUUGGAAAGAAGUUGAAAAUACAAAGGAUGGUAUAAUAAUCAUACAUUACUCCUCUAGUCCGAAACCGUGGUCAUCCUAGCAAAAAGGUGAUUUAGAAUUAGAGUGGUUUAAGUAUUAUAUGGAAUCAAUGUCAAGUUUAAAAUGA